AUGGGUCUGGAGAAGUUGGCGAAGAUGCGAGAAUGUAUGUCGAAAGUGAAGGUGAGGACACCAGCGGAACGAGCGGAAAUAGAACGAUUUUGUGCGGAGGUUCUGAGAAGACGAGUGAAGUUAUUGAUGCAGACUGGUUAUACGGAGAAGGGAGUGGCAACACUACAAGCAAUAUGUGAAUAUAAUCUGUGUAUGCCCGAAAGGAUACGAAAGUGUGGCUCAAGCGAUCGAAAGAAGUAUUUCGAGGCGUUCUGGGAUAGUGGUAUCGCGAGGAUUGGUGACGUGAAUGGAGCAGGUGCGAUUCUAGAGUUUUGCUUUUUAACUGUUGUUUUCAUGGUUUUGUUGAGGAGAAGAUGGUUUUAUUAG